AUGGUUUUAGGGUGUUUCCCUUUGAAAAGCAGGAAGAAACGUGGCUCUGCUUCAAUGAAGCGGAUGGAUCCUGAAGAAAGUAAGCCAACUGCUUUACCUGAGCCACCAAAGAUUCCAAGCCGGAAUCUGCAAUCUGCUCCUCCGAGUUUCAGGACUCGAGUGAAGCCAAUUCACCCGAAUAACGGUGGAACCGGAGAGAAGGGUAGCAGGGCAAGAGUGAUGUCUGCUCCGUCGAGCAUUCACGGUGCAGCGGAACGGGAUUUUCUUGCAGGAGUUUACCAUGACGAGCAAGAUGAGCAACCUAGAGAUCCACGUAUCUCUACUAAAGAGUCUAGCCCUCAACCUCUUCCGCUACCUUCGCCUAAGACUGGUUCCGCGUUGAAGAAUUGGGGAAGCUUUAAAUCGUUCAAUGGUCGAUUAUCCGCAUCCUCAGCAUCUGGACCUUUGCCUUUGCCACCUAGCGGAACUGUUAGGAGCUUCUCGUAUGAGGAAGUAGUGUCCGCUUGUUGCACCUUUGCUUCAGAACGAUGCGUCUCUGAAGGUCUUUCAUCUAUUAUGUAUAUGGCUUCCUUUGGUGAUGAGGUUUCUACCGCGGGCUUAAAAAAGGUCGAGGCAAUUGUUGUGCGUCUAACCGCAACAACCCAGAGUAUCAGGGAGUUCAUUAAUGAAGUGAGCACAUUGGCGUCGCUGCAACACCAGAAUCUCUGUAAAUUGGUAGGCUAUCAUGCCCGUGACGGAUCUGAGACAAGAAUGUUGGUGUAUGAGAGGCUUGCACAUGGGAGCUUGGACCGUUUGCUGCACGGGAGAUCAGAUGGGCCUCCGCUUGAUUGGAACACUAGAAUGAAGAUCGCUCUAUGCGCCGCUCAGGGUUUAACCUUCUUGCACGAAGAAGGGCCAUUUCAGGCAAUGUACAAUGAGUUUUCGACGGCUAAUAUCCAAGUCGAUAAAGAUUUCAGCGCCAAGAUAUCAGGAUAUGGUUGCGCAGGGCUUGUGCCUGAGACUGAGGCCUCUAACAGUCCAGCCCUUGCCAAUCUCUCGGUCGAGACACUAGAGAGAGGGCUUUUGACACCAAAGAGCAACGUGUGGAGCUACGGAAUAGUUCUUCUUGAGAUAUUGACCGGGCGGAAAAACAUGGACGGGUCAUAUCCGAAAGAAGAGAGGAACUUAGUGAAGUGGAGCAGAGCUUUCCUAGCUGACGACUGCAGGCUCUCGCUCAUAAUGGAUCCACAGCUUAAAGGUCGGUUUCCUGCGAAAGCAGCAAGGAGCAUAGCGGAUAUAGCACAGAAAUGUCUGCAAGUGGAGCCAUCAGAGCGUCCGACCAUGAGAAACAUUGUUGAUCAGCUCAAGAUCAUACAAGACAUGAAGUACUCGUGUAGGUUUCCGUUAAGAGAACCCGCACCGGUCGCUGCAAGGAAGCAUAUGGGAAGAUCAAGCAGUCUCAACACCAUUAUUUGGACCCCGGGUGCAGCGCCACCAAGGACUAGCUUUUCACCGUCGCCUCCACCUCGACGUCCGUCGGUUUCGCCCACAAGGGGACGGGCGCUCGUGUUCCCGCCAGUGUUUCCGCCGCGAGCAUGUUCGUCGUUGGAGGUGAUGAGUCGGGAAGAGGUUCGAAGAAGAUCGUCUUCAACCAGUGGGAUUUACUGUUCUUUGUCUGCUAACGACAUUAAAGCCGGAACCAACAUUGAAGUCGAUGGUGCUCCUUGGCGUGUACUGGAGUUUCUUCAUGUGAAACCGGGAAAAGGUGCGGCAUUUGUGAGAACUAAGAUCAGGAACUACGUAAAUGGUAGCACAGUGGAGAGGACAUUUCGUGCCGGAAUCUCUGUUGAGGAAGCAAAUGUUUACAAAGAGACCAAGCAAUUCACAUAUAAGGAAGGGUCUCAGUUUGUGUUCAUGGAUUUGAGCACUUACGAAGAAACCCGUCUUAACGAAUCUGAUAUGGGUGACAAGACAAGAUGGCUUAAAGAAGGAAUGGAAUGCAAUCUAUUGUAUUGGAAAGACAAGGUUAUCGAUUUCGAAUUACCAAACACAGUUCAGUUAACAGUGGUUGAUGUUGAUCCUGGCCUUAGAGGUGACACUGCGCAAGGUGGAUCAAAGCCUGCGACUGUGGAAACUGGAGCUGUAGUGACCGUACCACUAUUUGUUAAUGUAGGUGAAGAAAUAUUGGUAGAUACUAGAACCGGUAUGUACAUGAACCGGGCGUGA